AGAGUCCCAGAAAUCCAAAUUGUUUUAAUCGUCAAAGAAAACUAACUAGAAAACCAAAACCAGAUGUCCAAGACACAACGCAUAGAUUGAAUUGAGUCCCAAAAUUUUACCACCAAAAUGGCAAAAUUGGAGAAUUUGAAAACCAAUUUGUCUCUUCCAUACGCUAAGAUCCAUCCUUCCAUUGAUCCGGAGGCCGAUCCCAAUUCCUAUUCUCUUGAGAAGUUCCGGCUUUACGAAACCCGAGCGAGGUAUUAUUUAAUUGGGAGUGAUAGGAACAAGAAAUUCUUUCGGGUCUUGAAAAUUGAUAGAUCUGAACCAUCUGAUCUUAAUAUCAGUGAAGACCCAGUGCUUUAUUCACCACAAGAGAUCAAAAACUUGCUUCAGCGGAUUGCUGAAGGAAAUCGUGCCACUGGGGGCUUAAACUUUGUGGCAAAAGUUUUCGGGAUUGUGGGUUGCAUCAAGUUUUUGGAAUCAUACUACUUGAUUCUGGUUACAAAGCGACAGCAAAUUGGUAGUAUAUGUGGUCAUGCAAUAUAUAGCAUAGAUGAGAGUCAGUUGAUCACAGUUCCUCAUGUUUCUGUUCAAUCCGACAUAGCGCAUUCUAAAACUGAGCUGAGGUACAAAAAGCUGCUUUCCAGUGUGGACUUGACCAAAGAUUUUUUCUACAGUUAUACAUAUCCCAUAAUGCAAAGUUUGCAAAAAAAUGUUUUAGCCAUGGGCGAAGAAAGGAUGCCAUAUGAUAACAUAUUUGUUUGGAAUGCCUAUCUAACCCAAGCCAUACGCUCAAGAUGCAGUAACACUAUUUGGACAAUUGCAUUAGUUCAUGGGCAUUUUAAACAGAUUCGGCUAUCAAUCUUUGGGAGGGACUUUAGUGUUACCCUAGUUUCUAGACGAUCUCGGCAUUUUGCUGGAACACGGUAUUUGAAAAGGGGAGUGAAUGAUCGAGGAAGGGUUGCAAAUGAUGUUGAAACAGAACAAAUUAUCCUUGAUGAAGAGGCUGGUUCUUGCAAGGGAAAGAUGAGUUCUGUUGUGCAGAUGCGUGGUUCAAUUCCCCUUUUCUGGUCCCAAGAAGCUUCAAGAUUUAGUCCUAAACCUGAUAUAAUCUUACAGAGGUAUGAUCCUACAUACCAGGCAACCAAAUUGCAUUUUGAGGACUUGGCAAAGAGAUACGGCAAUCCAAUAAUUGUACUUAAUUUAAUCAAGACUGUUGAGAAAAGACCUAGAGAGAUGAUGUUGAGGCGUGAAUUUGCUCAUGCAGUUGGGUAUUUGAACGCAAUUCUCUCGGAAGAGAAUCAACUGAAAUUUAUUCACUGGGAUUUUCACAAGUUUGCCAAGAGCAAGUCUGCCAAUGUUUUGGCUGUUUUGGGUGCUGUGGCUAGUGAAGCUCUUGAUUUGACCAGUUUUUACUAUAGUGGUAAACCCAGCCUUGUUAAGAAAAGAGCCAACCAGCUUAAUAGAACAAGCACUGGGAGGGAUGCAUCUCUUAGAGAUCUGAGAGGUAAAUCUGGCGAUCUUGUUAAGAUUGGAAGUGGCAGUGAGAAUUCAAAUUCUCUAACCAGUAGAGAAAGAGAGGGUGAUUUAAGUCAGCAAAUUAAAACUGAUAAUUGUGAUGGUGAUCCUCCGAGAUUCCAGAGUGGAGUACUGCGAACUAACUGCAUCGACUGUUUGGAUCGCACAAAUGUUGCGCAGUAUGCUUAUGGCUUGGCAGCUUUAGGUCGCCAACUUCAUGCAAUGGGAUUGACAGACAAGCCCAAAGUGGAUCCUGAUAGUAGCAUUGCUGCUGCUCUCAUGGACAUGUACCAGAGCAUGGGAGAUGCUCUUGCCCAACAGUAUGGAGGUUCUGCUGCUCAUAACACAGUUUUUCCUGAGAGGCAGGGAAAGUGGAAAGCUACAACCCAGUCUAGAGAGUUUCUGAAGUCUAUCAAGCGAUAUUAUAGUAAUGCCUACACUGACGGUGAAAAGCAAGAUGCUAUAAACUUAUUUUUGGGCUACUUCCAACCACAGGAAGGAAAACCUGCUCUUUGGGAGUUGGAUUCUGAUUACUAUCUUCAUGUUUCUGGCGCAGGAGAUGACCUAUUCCCUGAUAAGUGUGUGGAGGACAAUGUUAAGCCUUUAGGAGUAGUGGGAAAGAUCCUUGCCCCCAUUCCUGCUUGUAGAGAAGACUUUUCACGGAUGAAGUUGACAUCAUUUGAUAAGCUGAUAGAACGAACAUGUAGUUCAAUAAAAAAUGUAAGACUUUGUAGUGAACCAGAUCAAAGAACAGGUGGUCCUACAGCAAAUUCUGGUGUUGCACCUGAUGCAGCUGAAAUACAGCUUAAAAGUCCAAAUUGGCUAUUUGGCCAAAGAAAGUUUGAAGAAGUUGGCUCAGGCCCCAAAGUCUCUGUGCGCGAAAUUAAAAAUGGAGGGGCCAAUGGUGAAAUGAAACUUGACGAUUUCUGUGACUUAAAUUGGCUUUCUUCCUAUGUUGAUGAUGAACAGGAUAUUUUCCAGAGGUACCUCUCAAUGACGUCUGUUGAUGAAGCCAAUGGUUGGUAUGGUGGAACACUUCUUGGUGAUCAAGAUGAAAGCAGUGAGAUAUAUAGGCAUUACGCUGAAUUAUGUCAGGGGCUAGCCAUGGAGCCUUUCCAACAUGAUCUGGAAAGGGAGAAGCAUUACGCUGAUGUUCUACAAAUGAACACGAUCGAUGUUGUAGAUGAUGCGUCUGUUGAAGCCGAGAUGGCUGAAGCUCUAAAGGAAUACGACCUAAUUGGUGCUGAUCUUGGGAUUUUUCCUGUGUCGUGCAAAUCAUUUACUGAAGAUCCUAGUCGGUUGACACGAUGGAUCAUCGGUGAGGAGAAGAUGUAAAAGGUGUAAAUCCAUCUCUAGUGAACUUUCAGUUUCUGAUAUAAAAUACACGCACAUUUGGUUUUGCUGCAUAGCUCUUAUAAAGCGGAAACCCAAAAUGAUGCAAAAUUAUCUAAAUAAUAAUUUAAUAAUGGUUGAUUGAUAGAUGCCUUUUCAAAUAUUUCGCAUUGUAUAGAAGGGAACAUAUAUGUAUAUGGUUUGUCAUAAAACCAAAGAGAGUAUGUUUAUAUCUCGUUUUCAAGUUGUAAAAAAAAGCUCAUGUGUUGCAGAAUCAGAAUUGUGCUGAGAUUUUACUUUAUUAA